AUGGCCGGCACAGUUCCAGUCGUUGCCUCUUUGGAUGGCAUUUAUACUCAAGAUGCAGUAUCUGCGCAAACAAAGCGCUGGAGCCAGCUCCUCAGCACCUUCGAAUCCACAUACAAGCACCCCGCAUCCUUCGUGUCGCGUUCCCCUGGGCGUGUCAACAUAAUCGGCGAGCACAUCGACUACUCCCUCUAUCCAGUCUUGCCCAUGGCAAUUACAUCCGACGCCAUCUUCGCCGUCUCCUGCCCCGACGACUCCGCCUCGGCCUCGUCCAGCACUUUCAAAAUCCGCAUUUCGAAUGUUGAGUCUGAGAAAUUCUCCGCACACGAAUUCGACAUCCCAUAUGAUAACGUCGAUAUCGACUCAAAAGUCCAUGAGUGGACAAACUACUUCAAGUGCGGAUUGAAGGGCGCCUUACAACUGCUGAAGAAAACACAUGGCGAGAGGUUCCGUCCUAAGAGCAUGAACGUGCUGAUGGAUGGUUCGAUUCCAGCUGGUGGCGGACUUAGCAGCAGUGCUGCAUUCGUCAGCGGCAGCGCUUUGGCGGUUAUGGUCGCCAAUGGCGUCAAGGAUGUUAGCAAGAUGGAUUUGACCGAGAUUGCCAUCGUUGCUGAGCGUGAGGUGGGCGUCAACUCAGGUGGCAUGGAUCAAUCUGCCUCUGUCCUCUCCCUCCGAGGCAGCGCGCUCUACGUCUCUUUUGUGCCAGAGCUCUCGGCUCGCCCGGUCCAGUUCCCAAGCACAAACCCCGAACUCGCCUUCCUGAUCGCACAAUCAUUCGUGCAAUCAGACAAGCAUGUCACUGGCCCCGUCUGCUAUAACCUCCGUGUCGUCGAGUGCUCUCUUGCUGCAGCCUACCUCCAUGCCCUCUUAAACGAGACAAAGGAGCCUCUUCCAGCAGACUCCGGGCCGCUGUGUAUCAGCUUGUACGGCUUCCAGAAGGCAUACUUCGCCAAGCGCAACUCCUCGGCGUCGAUCAACGAGCAGCUGCCCGAGCUGGUGGAGAAGGUGAAGUCCACAUUCACAAAGGAAGAGGGCUAUACUCGCGAAGAAAUCGCAAAGGUGAUCCGCAUGACCGUCCCAGAGCUCGAGCAGAGAUUUGAAUCUACCUUCCCUGUCCGCGCUGAGACUUUCAAGCUGCGCCAGCGCGCCCUCCACGUCUUCUCUGAGGCCCUACGUGUCUCCAAGUUUAUCAAGAUGCUCGAACAGCCAGCCGAAGAGCUUGAACGCGAUGCUUCUGGUUCCACGGAGAGCUAUAACCGCAAGCUCGGCGACAUCAUGAAUGAGACGCAGGAUAGCUGCAGGGACUUGUAUGAAUGCAGUUGCUCUGAGCUAGACGAGCUGUGCGCCAUUGCAAAGAAGGCAGGAGGCUAUGGAAGCAGGUUGACUGGUGCAGGCUGGGGUGGCUGCAGUGUGCAUCUUGUCCCCGCUGAUAAGGUGGAGGCAGUUAAGGAGGCUUGGGAGAAGGAGUAUUAUAGCAAGAAGGAAUUGACUGCGGAGCAGAAGGAGGGGGCUGUUGUUGUCAGCAGGCCGGGAAGCGGCAGUGCCGUGUUCCUGGUGAAGGAGGGGGGUUUGUAG